AAGAGAUACAGGAAGGAAGUGAGGCAGAAUUAACAGAGAAUCAGAAAGAAGCUGAAACAGUCACCAAGCAAGAGAAGCAGAUAUGGCACCAAAAUCUUCUAAUGGCUCCAAGAUGUCCAGCUGCUUUAAUUCCCGAACUGUAGCUCACACCUUGUCUCUAUACCAUAUGGUGAUGAACAUUCUUCUUUUGGUUGAAAAAACUCUUGAUGUGAACAAGAAGAAAGACAAAUACAAUCCUACUGUAGAAGUUCUUUCCAGUUACCUACUCUUGGCCAUCCUAUUUGUGAUUAGCCUCUCGCUGUCGUGUGGAAUACUGAUGAAACGUGGCCCCCUGGUUAUUCCAUUUUUGGCCCUGCAGUUUUUGGACCUUAUCAGCAGUUCAUUGAUGUUCUGCAGCAUUUAUAUCGAGCAACCUUUAAACCAAACCCCUCACGGAGUAACAAUAAAAGAUAAAUUGAUAGAGCCCAUGCUGCAAGCUCCAGCACAAAUAGUCUUUGACAUGUGCCUCAACUUUCUGAUUCAGUGCAGUUGCUUCUCCGCAUUCCCAUCUUACUUAAAGCUUGAGUAUGUCAGCUCCAUGAACUAUUUUCCUAGGAAAAAUACAUCUUCUCGGCAAUACAUCAUGGAUCUGAUUCUCUUCAAUGUCAUGUACAUUUCUGUCCUUAUUUUAAAGGCAAUUUUUAUUUCACACAUAUGGAAAGUAUUUGUAUCACUUCAUCAUACAAAUACUUCCAAAGAUGAAGAUGAAAAGAAACAGCACGAAAUCUCAAAGGUUGUGUUGCCCUCUUAUGAGGAAGCAGUCAGAUUACAAGCCAUUGAAUUCCCUUUUCCACACUCCACCAAAGAACCAAACAAGCAGUCCUUGCCAGCUACUGGCCCAACCCUUUGCUAGGAUAGAUGAUGACAAACAACAACCAGGCAAAUGUGCAGAGAGUAAAGAACAAUGGCAUAUUUAUGUCUUCCCUUAUAACUUCACUUAUCACACUCAUUAUUCACACACACCUAAGAAACAUUGAGGACGCAAAGAUAAUUUACUAAUUGAGAAGUUAUUGGUUGUGGCACUGUAUUUAGACUGAGAAUAAUAGUGGUUGAAAUACGCUUACUGUAAGUGGAAAAACACAUGCCAAAUUUGUUAAUGAAUUCACAUCAUCAAUUUACUAUGCAUAUUAUAAAGACUGUGUCACAAGUAGGAUCAAUAGAGGAUGGGGAUAGGAAAGGUGAAAGAAAAUAUCUUAUUUGGAAUAUUUUACUUUGUUUCUACCAAAAACCUAACUUUGAACCUUUCUAAUAAAGAAUGCUCUUUAGUUAUUAAAAAAUAUAUUAUCACAGCUGGAUUGCAAUGUAUUUCAUUGCAUGCUUCAGGCAAGAAAAGACUAUAAGAUGAAUAAAUUAAAGCUUCAGCAUAAAUUGACCGACACACACAAGGCCUAGGCAAUUGAAGCAGUGAACAACAUUUUUGAUUGGACCAACUACAAUACAGUCAGAUACAGAACAGAUUCUGAACACUUAUUUGCAUGAAUACAUUUGCUCAAAAUACCCCACUUUAGUUUUACUUAACAUUAAGAUUCAUCCAAAUUCUAAAAAAUCUAAUUGAAUCCUGGAUUUAGUGCAUCCCUUCUCUGCCUCAAAGAAACUCAAUGGUUAUGCAGCAGCUGGAGAACUGGCAGGGCCCCCCUGCAGAAUUUUUUUUUUCAGGUGCCUGGCACACACACUCACACACACGCACCUGCCCCUGCUGAUAGUUUACAGUGGGUGCACAGUCCCCCAGGGGAAAUGCUUCCACUAUAGUAACGCUAUUGGAAUGGUUAUCUACUUUAUAUUGCUACUGUAUAUGCAUAUGCUCCUGCUGUAUAUGAUCUAUUAGAUGAUGAUGAAUUGAGAAUGCUAUAAAUGACUGUUAACAUGUGAAGGGCAAUGUUUUAUGUCAUGUGUAAUAAGGGACUGCAAGUCAAAAACUUGAGUAGAGCAAAACUAUGUGAGACACCUUGCUAACUUCACUCAAAAUUAAGUCACAAAACCUACCAUAAAAUUGGUGAAACCUACCACAGAGCCUUACUCGAGGUGUGUAUCCAGAUCCAAAUAAGUAGGUCACAAUGUAAUUUAGUCUUAGAACCAAUGGGCAGAUUUAUUAAAGGGCAAAGUGGCUGUCACUAGCGGAAAUUCGCCAGAAAUGAACAUUAGCAAAAGUUCGCUAUGAAAUGCUUGCUCUGACAAAUUAACGCUAGAGAAACUUUGCCAGUGUUCAGCUGCUGGGAUGCCACUUCGCAUUUUUAACGAAUUAGCGUAGUGGUAGCGAAUUGCCGCCUGGUGAAGACUUCACAGGCAAAAAUUCUCCCUUUAGUGAAUUUGCCCGCUGGCUGGGCUACUGUUGGAAAAAGUGCUUGCUUUUUAAUUCUCCAUUCCUGCCUUGUUUUUUUUAUGUAGACCUGUUAUGGUGAAUAUGUUUGAAACCACUGCCUCAUGAAUUUACUGAUGAAUUUAUCACAAAGCAACAAAGUAUUUUUAGCUAUAUCUAUAAUACAGUUUGGAUGAUCAGACAUGGAAUGCUGCCUUUUGUAAUACUUUCCCACUGAGCAGAGAGUGUAGAUCCGUCACCCAAAAGUAAAAUUCAGAAAGCGAAAUAUGAAUAUAAAAUUAACAAUUGACAUCUACCCUGCUCCUUCUGCAGUAUAAAGUAUUCAAAUUCUGUGGAUUUAAAAUUAGUUUAUGAGACGGCUUUUAGUGCAAAUGCUUUUUUUUGUAACUUGUUCCUGUACCUGCAUAAGAAACUCUGCCCAUCUUAAUGGCAUUUACUCCUAGUGCACCAAUUCAGCCUAAAUAGAACCAUAAAGAUAUAUCUUUUUUAUAUAUAAAAAUGCCAAUCUGUUAUUUCAAAUGCAAUGAAAUAAAAUGUCACUUUUCUCA